UGCGAGUUACUUAAGGAAAGUGUACGGUUCGGUGAUUAAUAUCAACUUUUUCUGUAAAUAUCUACAAAAACAUUAGUGAAAGUUGUGAUAAUUUGUUUUGUGUUAAACACGCACAUGUGUAUUUAACAAUGUGACUUUAUUCCUUGUGAAGUGAUCGUAUUCACAUCACAUCAAAUAUCUAGACGGAUGGACCGCAGUGGGCAAUUUUGGCACAAUGAUGCUAGUGCGCUUAAACAUGCGCUUGGCGCUAGCAGCGCUAUGUGGCGGAGUGCUGCUCGUUACACUUUAUUGGAGCCGCUGCGGUGAUCUCGGGCAUAGACCAAUAGGCUCGGUCCUGUCAUAUGCGCCGCCAGAUCGCGCGACCAACGAAAUUGAAUGCUCGAUAAACGGCGAGUACUCAGUCGCCUGUCGCCGCGACCUCGACCAGAUUUACGUGCCCUUUUCCUUUUUACACAAAUACUUUGAGAUUUAUGGCAAAUUAACCUUUGUCGAUGGUAUCGAGAAGUUCGAGUGGUCGCACAGUUACAGUAAAGUAUACCAUCCCAAAAAGAAAUACGACCCUCGCGGUACAUUCACGACCUUCGAAAACUACAAUGUUGAGGUCCGGGAUCGGGUGAAAUGUAUAAGCGGUAUCGAAGGAGUACCAGUGUCUACGCAAUGGGAACCUCGUGGCUACUUCUACCCGACCCAAAUAGCCCAAUUCGGCCUGGCGCAUUACAGUAAAAAUAUCACGGAACCCCCGCCAAGGGUCAAGAUAAUCGAUGACGGGGAUAAAUUUCUGGAAAAGUGGAUCGUAAGCCAAGACGCUGUUCUGACCAGGGAAUUUGACACCGAGCUCAAAUCGAAUGUGCUAAGGUUUUCGACAUCCGAUCACGCCUCGAGCCAAGUUUGGCUGAAAAUGAAUAUCAGCCAGGACUUUGUGCUGAGCAUGGACUUGCAAUUGAAGCCGAAUUCUUCGAUGACUGUCGUGUUGCAAAAUAAAGACAAAAAGGAGACUGUUUAUUUACACUACGUGACAAGUACUCAGUUGAUAUACGCACAGGAGGACCACACGUAUUACGGAAUAGGUGUGGAUAAAAAAUGGCGUCGGAUCACACGGGAUCUUAUUAUAGACAUGCAAAAGGGUUGGGCGCUACAGGAUCGACCGAAAAGAAAGUCACCCAGGAAUAAGUUUAAGAUAUCCAGCAUCAUCCUGAGCGGGUCGGGCGGCGUGGGCGACGUGCGCGUGUCGUCGAGCUCGCACACGGCGCACUUCUACGCGGCGGCGCGCUGGCUGGCGGCGGCGCAGCGCGCGCGCGGCGGCUGGCCCGUGCCCGCGCGCCGCCGCGUGGCGCCCGGCGUGCCCGACCUGCGCCCCGGCUGGCACUCGGCCAUGAGUCAAGGGCACGCGAUCUCGGUGCUGUGUCGCGCGUACCACCGCAGCGGCGACGCCGCCUACCUGCGGGCGGCGCAGCGCGCGCUGCUCGUGCUGGGCGUGCCCAGCGACGCGGGCGGCGUCAAGGCGCUGUGGAUGGACAAAUACGUCUGGUACGAAGAAUACCCCACACAACCACCCCUAUUUGUGUUGAACGGUUUCAUCUAUACGCUGCUCGGCCUUUACGAUCUCCACUUUAUGGAAGGUGAGAAUUCGGUAUCUCUAGCCAAGAAGAUGUUUGACGACGGAAUGCUAUCCCUGAAAACAUUGCUGCCGCUCUUCGACACAGGCAGCGGGAGUUUCUACGAUCUCAGACAUUUCACCCUGGGAGUUAGUCCGAACAUCGCGAGGUGGGACUACCACGCGACUCAUGUCAACCAACUGUACCUCCUAGCAGGACUCGACCCAGACCCGAUUUUGAUAAAUACGGCUAAGAGAUGGGAAGGUUACAUGCAGGGUAAACGGGCCGCUCAUAAUUGACAAGACUUAAACUUGGGGAGGUAUUGAAUAAGCCGUUAUGAAUUUCUAGUCGAAGUUAUCUUGGGAUAGUAACGCCCCAAAACUUGACGCAGUUAUCUUGGAAUAGCCCUGCCCUAAACCUUGUUUGGCUAUUUAGGAGAGAAACUGAUAGUUCAGAGAGGUACUGCUUCGGGUUGUAUUUGCACUUACAGGCUGAAGAGUUGAGCAGUAGAGGAGAAAUAGUAAAGUGAUGCAUAUGUUUGUCUCUUUCAACUCUUUGAUAUUUUUCAAAGGUUUUUUUCUUAUACAAUUGACUAGCUUAAAAUUUAUACAAUUAUUCAUGACACUGUUUCAAAUAUUCACUCUCUACAUUAUUUUAUAUGAUUAACGAAAGAAAAAUGCCCAAAAAAAACCUUUUGUCAGAAGAAAAAUGGUGUGAGUGCAAAAGCACUCACGAGAAUCGAUGUGUAAGCAUGUGAACUCCCAGUCCCAGUAGGCUCCGACCGUGUACCAAACGCUAAGAUGAUUAUACGUCAAAAUGUGUGAAUGAACGAGUGCUGCCAAAAAGACCGUAGUUUAUUAAAAUAAAUUCUAUGAAACCCAACGAAAUAACACGCUCAUUUCAUAUUUUUAAUGAAUACUUUUGUACCGAGGUAUAUAAUAUAUCGAAUAGACUAAAAUCGUGGCUGUCUCUCUACUUAUGUAGUAGAAAAUGAAUAUCAAAAUAAUGUAUAUAAAUAUUUUUAUUGAAAUAAACGAAAAUUUGGACCUAUAAUAAAUAUAAAGCAAAAUUCGCAUACCAUUCAAGACUGAAAUUUUAUAAAGUGCUAUGUUAUCAGUUUAUAAAAUGUUUGAAAUAAUCGAAGACGUCAAAUGUCCCAUUUUUUUUAAUCAAUUAAAACACUUUUCAUCGUUCUAACUUGUACUAAGUCUAAAACGAGUUUCUUUCAAUUAACGUACUUAAUUGUAACAUUUUUUUUAUGUUGAUAAAACACACUUAAUAGCUAUAAUCAUAUCUCUGUAAAUAAUUGUUUAUUUAUAUUGUAUAAUAGCGAAUAAAUUAUAUAUAAAUCUAGAAUAUUUGUAUAAAAUAAAAUUAAUAAAUUCAACAAUAAUUUACAAGUAAGACCAAACGUCGUCUAAUCACAGAAAUAAAAAAAGUAAAAUUGUGUCUGCCCAUGUAUGGACAUUAUGGACCAUAGUGUAUAAUUUAAUUUUUACUUAUUAUUAUUUUUAUUUAUUAGUUGAAAUGGUAAAUAUAUAAAUCUUUUCGCAUUACGAUGUAUGGAUUUAUCAUCUGUGGACGAAUUAAAGACGUCAUAAACUCAGACAGAAGUUGAUACAAGUUCAGUUAUGUUAAUUUUAUACACGAAAUUAAAAAGAAAUAAAAAAAGUUAUAAUAAGUCUUGGAAUUGAAAUUACAUAAACGUAAUUAUUAUUUUUUAACAAGCCUUACAUUUGUAAAAUCUUGCCACACGUUUAAAUAAUAUUUAUGCAAUAGAUAAUAUUAUAUUGUUAUAAAAUAUAUAAAAAACAUAUUAUUGUCACCCACGUACUAUAAGAUAAAAGUAGUUUUCUUAAAUAAUUUGUAAAAUCGCUUAAUUUUCCUUAAACACAAUUUAAAUCUAAUAAUUGUUAUAGUAUAACAAAAUAAAUAUUGUAUAAUAUAUUUUAUUUACCAAGCAACAAAUUCGGUUGUGAUCCGAAGCACAAAUUAUAAUAUGAUUAAAUUCAAAUAGAUAUAUAAUUAAGCUUUAUUAUAUAUAUAAACUAAGUAAAUAUAUUAAUAAAUAUUUAUUAAAUUAUGUACAAUCGAAAAGUAGAAUUCAAUAAUGAUACUGAAAAUGUUAAAAUGUGAUCAGAGACCAGUGUUAGCGAUCCACCAAGAUGGCCAUGGUCAGGGACGUGAUCUUAGUGUAUUGUUUUAAACCAUUUUAGAGAAAAAAACACAUAACUGAAUAUCGUGACGAUUCCGGAUAUAAUUUUAUUUAAUUUUAGGAUCAUUUCCUCUCCGUGUAAUGGUGCAAACAUUUCUUGGCUUAUAUUACUUGUGAAACCAUAAUAGAAUAAAUUUGCAUACAUAUCUAAUGUCUUAACAUUUAUAUUUAAAUGAUUUUAGAAUUUUAUAUUUGUACGAUAAUUUAUCGUAAGAUUACUAACACUGGGCUGCUUGCUAAAAUUGACAUAUAAACUAACGCCUGACAUUACACACAGAUUAAAAAUAAUUUAUAUAUAUUGAUAGAUAUUGAACUUCCGUAUUUUAUUUAUCUUGCCAUAAUUAUCUUUGACGUAUUUCUAUGAUAUAUUUAUUAUAAGUGACUUUAAUUUUUAAAUAAUCGAAGUAGAAAAAUGUUUGUUAGUUAUGCACUAAUGUUAAUUUAUAAGCUAUUUAUUUAUACUAAGAUGUUUUACGUAAAUCGUAUCUAGAUUAAAGCGUACGUCGUUUGCAAUAAGUCUGUAUGUAAAAGUGUUGUAAUAUGAUAUUAUUUUAUAUAUGAAAAAAGUAUUAUAAUCUUUUUGAAUAAGUACUACACUUAUUUAAUAUAAUUCUAUUGAGAUUUGACAUCUGGGCGGGGCACGAUGUAACUAUAUUGUUAACACUUUUGAGGAGAAAAAAAUAUGCAAUUGAAAUAUCUUAGAAGGUAAAAAGCCUUAAAAGGAAAAAUUAUAGUGUACAUCGAAGGAAAAAUUGCAAAAUUCAAAUAAAUCGACAAAUCAAUAGUGAAUGUCGGAUUAACCAAUUUCUUAUUAGGACAAUUAAGCUUAAACCGAUCUGUGUGCAUCAGAAUGACUAGAAACCGUACAGCGUUAUACUAUUACCAUUAUUCAAUAUGUAAUUAGUAUUCUUUAAUGCAUUUACUUAAAUAUUUGGUUUAUGUUAUUAACAAAGAAAUGUAAUUCAAAAAUGGCAAUGGUGGAAUUUGUUCUGCCACGUUUAUAUCACCAGAUGUCAUGUCCGAUCCCGAUAAUGUAGUGUUUUUCGCGAAUGUGGAUAGUUUCAACAUUUUUACAUGCACGCGAUUCCUUACACGACACUGUAGAAAAACAUUCCACUCCAAGAGCUUAUUAGUAGUUAAUAGGGUAGUUCGUUAUUUGAUUUAUUUAAUUUGUUAAACUCCUGUAUGUGUGGGCUGGCGAUGAUAAUGUCGCUAUAUGAAUACGUGUUAUUAUGAAAAUGUUUAGAUUAGGAACACAAAAUAAAUCAUACAUAAAUAACACAUAUACAUAUAACGACAUUAAUGUGAUUAUGAGAAAAGCAUAUAUUAACUAUAUCUAUCAUUAGAGAUGUAGAUUUAGCGGGUGCACUUGUGAAUGACAAUAAAACGUCUAAACAAA